CAGUGAAGGUACACAGGAUGAGGAAGUGAGUGUCAGUCUCCACAGAUCUGGGCUCAGUGACACACACACGUAUGGAUCCUCUGAUGCUCCUGUUUCUUCUCAUUGCUGGGCUCACAGGUGCUGACAGUGAGUCCAGAAGGAGACAGGUGUCUGUGCUGAGUGGAGGAUCUGUUACCAUCCCAUGUUUCUAUGGUGACAGAUAUAAAAGACAUGUGAAAUACUGGUGCAAAAAGAAUGAUAGGGAUGCAUGUACUCCCAUAGUACACAGUAACUCUCCACAGGAGGGUAAAGUGUCAAUCAGAGAUGAUCCUGACCAGCGAGUUUUCACUGUGACCAUCAACAAUCUGACAACUGGGGACUCUGGUUAUUUCCGGUGUGGUGUGAAGAUCAGUGGAGGUUCAGAUGAUGGAGAUCAGGUUGUCCUGUCAGUGACUGAUGGUGUGUCCACAGUGAAAUGGAUGCGUGUACAGAGAAGAGGAUCUGUUACCAUUCCAUGUUUCUAUAGUGACAGAUAUAAAACUCAUGUGAAAUACUGGUGCAGAGGGAAUAAUAGAGAUUCAUGUACUCCCAUAGUACACAGUGACUCUCCACAGGAGAGUAAAGUGUCAAUCAGAGAUGAUCCUGACCAGCGAGUCUUCACUCUGACCAUCAACAAUUUCACACAUGGGGACUCUGGUUACUACUGGUGUUGUGUGGAGAUCAGUGGAGCCUCAGAUCCUGGAGAUUGGGUUUCCCUCUCAGUCACUGAUGGUUCCUCAAGGCUGUCAGUGGACAAACAGGAGGUGACGGGUGUGGAAGGAGACAGUGUCAGUGUUCAGUGUCACUAUGGAUACAGUGUAAAUAAGAAGCUGUGGUGUAAGAUCGGGGGCACCUGUGUGUCAGAGAGAUCUGGGAGCUGGGAUCUGGAUGGGAGGCCUGUCCUGAUCAGGGAUGACACAGGAAAUAGAGUCUUCAUUGUGACAAUGAGGGGACUGGAGAGGAAGGACACUGGCUGGUACUGGUGUGAUGCUGGAGGCUUGCAGAUCCCAGUUCAUAUUACUGUCAAACUAAUAACCAUCACUGAAUCACAUGAAGAAGAUGGAGGGAAUAAUGAUAAACUGAGAUCCUUGGUCCAGCUGGCUCUGUAUGUAGGACUAGGCUUAUUGGUGCUGCUAUUGAUCAUCAUCUUCAUCACAUGGAAAGUAUGGGACAAACACAAGAAAAAAACAACAAUGAGUCAAAAUCAGGGAAACACAGAUUUGACACUGAACCCAGACCCUGAAUAUGCAGCAAUAGGCAACAUCAAGAGAGACCCCCCAGGGCAGGCCUCUGAGGAGCCUGGUGCUGAUGUCACCUACAGCUCCAUUGUCCUGUCAGACCCAGAGCAGGUGUCCUCUAGAUGUUCUUCACACCGUCCUGCUGUAACCCCAGCCAGCGAUGUGGUCUACAGCUCAGUCGCCCUGAAGCACAGAGAGUAGGGGGCAGCAACACCAAGAGGCUCCUCAACAUGUGGGGAGCUGCUGCUCAUGAUGAGAGCUGUGAGGGACACGCAGAUACUGCAUUGAUGGGGAGGGAUAAUCACCAGAGAGGAGCAUCUUACAGUGAUGUGAGCUGUAUUUAAAUGGCAUGCAGCACUGUCACAUUACAGUGUGACGGUAAGAAUCAGCCAGUGAGAAACACAUUCAUGGCUGUUGUGCAUUUGAACCAUGAUCAAGGUGCUAUUUGUCUCACUUGUACGUUGCAUUGCAGAAAUUAAAAUUUAAUUAAAAUAGAUGUAAGUGUAAGACAUUAUCUUGGUGUGCAAACUGUCCCUUUUCAUUCAUAUUAAUGGAAAACAAAUAUCAUUAGCAAUUCUAGUUGAUUUGUAUAAUAUAGUUUCCAGAAUAAACAGUAUUUUGAGAAAGUGUUAGAAAGUGUCUUGUGCAUAUACAGUUUAUGCAGAGGUGAGGGUCUACUGAGGUCUAAGCACAAUUAUUGACAGUGGAAUUGAAAUCUGCCCUGUUACCAUUAUAUCAUGUUUCAGUAUAAAAACUUUAGUUUUUUUCCACAGAAUGUUAGGCUUUUGUUUACUGAUAAAUGGAGUAUUAUUGAAAAUGCAGAUCACAGACUGUGUGACUCGUCAUACACAAUGUUAAUAAAAACGCUUUUUAUUA